AUGGCCAGCUCAGAUGCGGGCACAGACGGCGAAUACUCAAAGGCUCAGACGGAAUGCCAGGAUGUAUGCACAGCGAUCGACGACUGCAAAGUCUACUUUGUCGUCGCCCUUCAGUAUAGACUUUUCGGAAGCGACUUGAGAGUAUACUGCGAGAUUGGCGGCGGGCCUUUCGAUGCAAGCGCAAUGAGUUCAACCAGCUCGGCCGUGUUUAGUGUCGGUUACGAGCUUUGCAAUCUGCACGAAGAGGAGAGGGGACAGGGAGCGUCGUAG